AUGGGGCUCGCUUAUGCCCAGCGAAAGAAGCCAGACCCAAAAGGCAAUGUGUUGUAUGAGUUCAACGAUAUAAAAUUCUCCAACUGGAGCGAGUCACCCGGAUUAACAGAAAGGGGAUCGGCUGUCAUCGCUAAAAACGUGUCGCUCUUCUCUUUCAGCAUCCGGAGCGUGAUGCAGAAGUAUCUUGAGGAGAGAAAUGAGAUCACCUUCGACAAGAUUUUCAAUCAGAAAAUUGGUUUCUUGCUAUUUAAAGAUUUUUGUUUGAAUGAAAUUAAUGAAGCUGUACCUCAGGUGAAGUUUUAUGAAGAGAUAAAAGAAUACGAAAAGCUUGAUAACGAGGAAGAUCGCCUGAGUCGAAGUCGGCAGAUUUAUGACACCUACAUCAUGAAGGAGCUGCUGUCUUGUUCGCAUCCAUUCUCGAAGCAAGCUGUGGAUCACGUGCAGUAUCUUCUGUCCAAGAAGCAAGUGACAUCUGCGCUCUUCCAGCCAUACAUAGAAGAAAUCUGUGAAAGUCUUCGAGGCAACAUUUUUCAAAAAUUUAUGGAAAGUGACAAGUUCACUCGAUUUUGUCAGUGGAAAAAUGUAGAAUUAAAUAUCCAUUUGACCAUGAAUGAUUUCAGCGUACAUAGGAUCAUCGGGCGAGGCGGCUUCGGAGAAGUCUACGGCUGCCGGAAAGCAGACACUGGAAAAAUGGUGAAGCUGGUGCCUGGCACCCAGGAUUGUCCUUUCAUUGUCUGCAUGACCUACGCCUUCCACACUCCAGAUAAACUCUGCUUCAUCUUGGACCUGAUGAACGGGGGCGACCUGCACUAUCACCUGUCGCAGCACGGGGUGUUCUCCGAGAAGGAGAUGCGCUUCUACGCCACCGAGAUCAUCCUGGGGCUGGAGCACAUGCACCAUCGCUUCGUCGUGUACAGGGACCUGAAGCCCGCAAAUAUCCUCUUGGAUGAGUACGGACACGUCAGGAUAUCAGAUCUCGGUCUGGCCUGUGAUUUCUCCAAAAAGAAGCCGCACGCGAGCGUGGGCACGCACGGGUACAUGGCUCCCGAGGUGCUGCAGAAGGGGACGGCCUACGACAGCAGUGCCGACUGGUUCUCCCUGGGCUGCAUGCUCUUCAAGCUUCUGAGAGGCCACAGCCCUUUCAGGCAACACAAAACCAAAGACAAGCAUGAAAUAGACCGGAUGACACUCACCGUGAACGUGGACCUUCCGGACGCUUUCUCCCCCGAGCUGAGGUCGCUGCUGGAGGGCUUGCUGCAGCGGGAAGUCGGCAAGCGGCUGGGCUGCCACGGAGGCGGGUCUCAGGAAGUGAAGGAACACAGCUUCUUCAGGGGCAUCGACUGGCAUCACGUCUACUUACAAAAGUACCCGCCACCCCUGAUCCCUCCCCGAGGAGAAGUGAAUGCGGCUGACGCCUUCGACAUCGGCUCCUUUGACGAAGAGGACACCAGAGGCAUCAAGCUUCUGGACUGUGACCAAGAGCUCUACAAGAACUUCCCGCUGGUCAUCUCCGAGCGCUGGCAGCAGGAGGUGGUGGAGACCAUCUACGAAACAGUGAACUCGGACACGGAUAAGAUCGAGGCCAGGAAGAGGGCGAAGAACAAGCAGCUGGGCCACGAAGAAGAUUACGCCAUGGGAAAGGACUGUAUUAUGCACGGGUACAUGCUGAAACUGGGGAACCCGUUUCUGACUCAGUGGCAGCGCCGAUAUUUUUACCUCUUUCCAAACAGACUUGAAUGGAGAGGAGAGGGGGAGUCCCGGCAAAAUUUACUGACCAUGGAACAGAUUAUGUCUGUGGAAGAAACUCAGUUUAAAGACAAAAAAUGCAUUUUGUUGAGGAUAAAAGGAGGGAAGCAAUUUGUCUUACAAUGUGAGAGCGACCCCGAGUUUGUGCAGUGGAAGAAGGAGCUGACGGAGACGUUCACCGAGGCCCAGCGGCUGCUGCGACGCGCGCCCAAGUUCCUCAACAAGUCCCGCGCGGGCGUCGCGGAGCUCGCGAAGCCGCCCCUCUGCCACCGGAGCAGCAACGGCCUCUGACAGCCGGGAGGGAUGCCGGUGACAGCCGGGACGCGGGUCCCGGGGAAGACGGUGCCUGGGGGACGUCCCCACGGGUGUUCUCGGCCCUGGACGCGGAGCCUUUCGGAGGAGGAGGAGGAGGCCUAGAGGAUGGAUAGCUCAUCCCGGUCCUUGCAUCGCUGGGAAGACGCGGCCGCCGGGAUGCUCCUGCUCGGGGUCCUGACCAUUCUCGGCCCCGGGCGGCCUCCCUCCCGUCCUGGGGGGCCCCCCCGCCGGCCUCAUAUUUGUCCACAGUCGAAACUACUGAGGAAAAGGAAGAUUUUCCUCCGCCACACACUCAUUUUGGUACCUAUGAACCUAGAACUUGAGGCGAUCACUACUUACCAGUUUUUACGUCUGAUAUCAAACAUAUCUUGUACUUGUCCGGAUGGAAGGUGCCCAUCCGCCCUGUGGGCUAACAGGUCGCCCGGGGUCGCCGUGUUUUACCCAGAAACAGUCACUGCGGAUUUUUGUACGUCGUUGCUCUCCAUGCUCCUGGGAUGGGAGGCCAGCCGUGUGAUUCUUCUGUGCAUCUCAGACCCGGCUCCGUGCUGUCCUGAGUUCGAAAGCUGAAGAUGCUUUCUGGGACGGUUGUGCUUGGGCCCCUCACCGUGUGGCCGCACCCCCAGCUUCGGGUCUGCCCCCCCCUCCCCCAGGGAGCGCUCGGUGUGCUGGGCAUGGAGGGCACGGCCCCUGAGGACACGGGAGCCCCGUGGGAACUGCAGGCGCUCAACCACUGGAGGCGUUGACAGCGAUUCCAAAGGCGAGGCCGGCGCGGGGUUUUAAACUUCAGGGUAAUGAUGAUCGUCAGAAAUCUUCCAGGACACGAGCCGCACUUUCACGUGUCCGGGUGCACAGGGACGUUUGGGGGCGAGUCCGUUGGGUUUCGACAGCAGGCCGUGGUGUGACGCGGGCGAUCUGGUUCCUUCUGCCUGACCCCAGAGAACAUAUCAGCGAUGGAUGUGUGAAGGAAGGAAACUGUUGUACCUUUUGGUGUAAUUUAAAUGAAUUUUAUUGAAAAAAGAACGAAUGUGUCCCAAUGGGUUCCUUGUGUAUUUGGAUCUAUGUUGUCAUUCGUGAGUGACCCCGUGCCCUGGGCGGGUCGUCCCGUGACCGGGACGUUAGAGCGUGAAGACUCUUCGCCUGAUCCCAGCGGCGGCCUUUCCCCGUGGUUUUCCCCUGGCGAGUUCCAGGCCCUUCUCACGCCCCAAGUAAAUGCUGGGUUAUAAGAACCAGUGUGUUUGCCAGCAAAGCCCUCCGUGUCAUCAGACUAAAAAUAAUAACAGCAAUUUCAAAAGUCCACUUGUUGGUCCUGUUCCCAGCGCACUUUUAUUGUUUGUUUCUAAGUUAAUAACAAUAUACAAAACUUGACAUCGUAA